GAAAAAAGAAAAAAGUAAAGAAUUGAAAUGAAAGCUCGAAAUUUAUAGCUUUCAGGUUUAUCGGAACCACCCUUAUUAAGACACGGGUCCCGCAUAAGAAAGUAAUCAGCGGUUCUUCAACAUUUACUUGCCUAUUUUGAGAGAGUCGAACCAACCAGAUUAAGUCUGCCCACACAGCUGAGAAAAUAAUAAUAAUAAUAAUAAAAAAAAAAAAACGUCAGCAUGGAUUAAUUCCACUGAUUUUUUUCGCUUGAUUUAUUAAUUCAAUGGACAAUCAAGAGUUUGACCAUCUCAAAUGGACCAGCCACUUUACAGUAGAAUCUGCGCCUGCCGAUCUAAACGAUGGGGAUAAAAUUAUCUUGCCAGCCUCUGCACUCGAACAGUUACUCUUAAAAGUAGGCAAUUCCGGCAGUUUACCUUCUCCUUUGACUUUUGAGCUACGCCACCCUCAUUCGAACGAAAUUAUUCACUGUGGUGUCAAGGAGUUUUCUUCUAAAGGCAAUACUACUCAACUUCCUAGUUGGAUCAUGUCUGCAUUGGGUCUUCAACAAGGUGAUCACGUAUUGAUCAAGUUGGUAAUUUUACCCAAAGGAACCUGGACUAACCUACAGCCUAUAUCGGCUGAUUACCAGCAAAUCGCCGAUUACAGAGCAGCACUCGAAGCACACUUGCGUGCGCAUUAUAACACUUUAACAAAGGGUCAAGUAUUGUCUUGUCGAUAUGGUGGACGUACGUAUCAGUUUAAAGUGUUGGAUUUAAAGCCUCAAAAUGCAGUGUCAAUUACCGAUACGGACCUCGAGGUUGAUAUAAAACAUGAUGUUGCAAAAGAUGACGUACAAACCGAUAUACCCAUUGUUCAAAUAAAUGAUACACUACCACGCAUUGAGAUACCGAGCGGUUACAAAUAUUGGAAGCUGGCUUUAAAUAAUAAUCGCAACGUUUCCAUCAAAUUGACGGUUGAAGCAGGAGAUGCAGAUAUUGUAUGUAGUACAGAGAAAACACCAACAUUGGAUAAUCAUGAAUGGUCUGAUUUAAGUUCGGAUAACCAAAGAUCCCUCAAUCUUGAAAAUUUAAAAAGUACGCAUUUACAUGUGGGUAUUCACGCUUAUGAUAAAAAUACAACUGUAUCAUGGCAAGCUGUACCUUUUACAGCAGUGAAUAUGGAGGUAGAUGAGGAAGAUACAACAGGUAAAGAGCAGUGCAAGAAUUGUCAUGCGUGGGUGUCACAACGAUCCUUGGUUCUUCACGAGAACUUUUGUUUACGCAACAAUGUUAUCUGCUCUUGGGGAUGCGGAAAGGUCUUUAAAAAAGAUAGCCAAGAAUUUAAAGACCAUUGGCACUGCGAAGAAUGUGAUUAUGCUGCCGAUAGUGGUGGGCCUGAAAAACAUAUCGAAUAUUAUCAUACACCCAAAAAAUGUAGAUGCUCUCACUUUGUGACGAACUCGUACGAGGCCUUGGCUGAACACAAGAGGACGACUUGCCCAGACAAACUUAUUACCUGCCGUUAUUGCCAUAUUCUCACCGCUCAAGGCGUGAUGUCAUUGGACUCGAGAGAUAGGCUUCUGGGAUUACAUUCGCACGAAAGUUAUUGCGGGUCACGCACAAUAAUCUGUCAAAAAUGUAACAAGCCUAUACCAAUCAAAGACAUACAAGUUCAUGCCAAGAUUCAUGAAGUUAAAAGGCAACAACAAACUCUACCGGCAAUGUGUUGCAAUCAAAACUGUAUACGACCCAGAACAAAAAACAGACUUUCGUUUUGUCAGUAUUGUUUUGGGCCUUUUUGGAUAACCGAAGAUGAUCCAAAGAACGCCAAAUUAAUCCAACGCGUUGCACGUAGACUCCAUUCGCAACUUACGUUAGGAUGUGGUAAUGAAUGGUGCCGGAAUAAGUAUUGUGCGUCAUUUACCAAAGACCCCAAAGACGCAACCACUGCAGCAAGUUUGUUAAUCCCAAUGAUUAAAAGUUUACCCAGGCAGCUGGCAUUGCCUAAUCCAUCCCCACAACUUUACUUUUGUGUGGAUGAAACAACAACCAGAAAAAAGUUUCUGGCUGAGCUUUUAGCCUCUGAAUCUAACGGAAAGUAUGAUUUGGGUUGGUGUGUCAAGGCUAUUGAAAACGAACAAGAAGACCUUGAUCGUGCAAAAAAUUGGUUGAAUAUAAACGCACCUUAUAAUGUAACAUCAGAGUCUAAAUAA